AUGGCGGAGUAUAAUGGAAGGAAGAAAGGUUCUCUCUCAAGGUGUGGCAAGAAGGUGGAAUCCAUUGAGCAUAUCCUCCUCCAUUGUUCAUUCGCUAAAGCAGUUUGGUUUGGGUGUCCUUUAUUGAUCAGAAUCCCUUCCGAUUACAACUGCUCUUUGUCAAGUUGGAUUGAAGAGUGGAUCAAUCUCAAAGAUAUGGAUAGUAAGGAUCAAAAGCAGGCCAACAGCCUCUGCAACUUUAUUGCGUGGACUCUGUGGUUAGCUAGAAAUGAUGGUGCACUUGGAAGUUGUCGUUUGUCCUUGGAAGAGGUCCACUCUGCGUCCAAGAAAACUUCUUCUCAAUCUGGUGUUGCCCCUGUUCCCUUAAUGGAGCUAUGGAAGCUGCCAUCACACCCCUUCUUUAAACUGAACUGUGAUGCUUCUAAAAACCCAAAGAGUGAGAAGCAAGGCAUGGGGGUGAUAAUUAGGAACUACGAGGGCCAUCCCGUGCUUGCCAAAUUAGAGAUAAGCUACUUUGUGGACAUUGAUGAAGGGGAGGCCUUGGGGAUUAGAACUGGAAUGCUGGAAGCCAUGGCCAUGGGGGUGGAUUUCCUUGAGGUUGAGUCUGAUUGCAAAGGAGUUACUGAGUUGAUCCUGAAUCCAGGUAGAGCAGGUGCUCUACAAGUUCAGCCUAUUAUCUCAGAUAUCCUCUUCUUGGCACCUUAUUUUUUUGAAUGUGAAUUUUCCUUUAUUUCUAGGGAGGCAAACCUAGCUGCCGACUCCCUAGCAUGGAAGGCCCUGUCUUUGCAGAAUACAACAGUUUGGCCAUUACCAAUCCCUGGUCGAGAGAUAUUUGUAUCCCCCAAAUCAGAAGUGCUUUUUCUGCUAAUGUCAGUCGAUGCCUGUGCACUGACCGCUGAUCACAUCAAAUUCCGUCAUGGAAAACAUGCUACACCCAUUCUUGAAGUAAGUGGAGGUGCCCUGGAGGGUUCCCUGGGUGUCACAACCUUGAGCAGUGAAUCUGUUUUCUGUGUCAGAGAACGUGAAGGGUGUGUUAGUCACAGAUUGCAGCCCAUGUGUUCGAUAAAAUCGAUGCCUCGAUAUUUUUAG